AUGUCGUCCAGCGACUCAAACAAACCCUCUCCAGAGGUCAUGCUCGCCUUUUACCGUCGACUUUAUCCAUUCAAAUCCUUAUUUACAUGGCUAAACCACGACCACGUUCCUAGCAAACUCUUCACCCAACGAGAAAUCGCAUUCUCACUUCCAGGAGAUGUAUACAUUCGAUACAACUCUUUCAACACCGCCGACGAAUUGAAGAAGCAGGUGUGCCAACUAAACCCUACGCGUUUCGAAAUCGGCCCUAUCUACUCUGCACGGCCAAGAGACAGGAAAACAUUACGCGCCGGUACGCUGACGCCUAUACUGCGCGAACUCGUGUUUGAUAUCGAUAUGACCGACUACGACCCCGUGCGCACCUGCUGCUCCGGCGCCGACAUCUGCAAACGCUGUUGGGUCUUCAUAUCUGCCGCUGUCCGCGUCAUGGACUCGGCCCUGCGCGAAGAGUUUGGCUAUGAAAAACUCCUCUGGGUCUAUUCGGGCCGUCGCGGUAUCCACUUGUGGAUCUCGGACAAGGAGGCGAUGGGUCUGACGGACCAGCAGCGCAAGGCCGUUGUGGGCUUUUUGACCGUCGUACAAGGUGGGAAGGAGAGCAGCAAGAAGCUCAAUAUACGCAACGGCGGUAAGCUGCCGCCAUCGCUAGCUAAAGCGAUGGAAUAUCUCAAGACCGUCUUUGGUGCUUUGAUUCUCAGCGACCAGGAAUGCUUUCAAAGUAAAGAAGGUUACGAAGAACUGCUCAAAGCUAUUCCGGAUUCCCGUGUCGUCGAUGCACUGAGAACAAAGUGGGAAGCGUCGCCUUCGCGCCCCUCGGAAGACAAAUGGGCUGAUCUCCAUAGACAUAACCUAAUGGUGGCUCUGGAAGACAUCAUUUUCAACUAUACUUACCCUCGCCUUGAUAUCGAAGUCUCAAAACAUCGUAACCAUCUUCUCAAAGCACCCUUCUGCAUUCACCCGUCGACAGGGCGUGUCUGUGUCCCUCUUGAUCUCGACAUGAUUGAAAAGUUUGAUCCAAAAGAAGUGCCCACCGUCCAGCAGCUUUUGGAAGAGCUCGACAAUUUAAGCAAGGUCCAAGACCCUUCUGCUCCAAGAGAACACCACUCUGAUUGGGAGAAGACGUCGUUGAAACCGUACAUUGAUAUCCUGGACCGUCACGCGCAGAGUCUGGUGGGCGAAACGAGGAAAGAUAAUAGAUCCAAACCAGUCUCAACUUCCCCUCGUCCACUGUCGGUCAUUCUAGACAUGGGCCUGUAA